CGUGGAAACGUCAACUGAAGCACUAUUCGGAGAAGCAUCAAUCCACGGCAGCCCGUCCGCGGGUCUCCCAAGAGCUUCGGCCCGAGGAAGUGCCUGGCGCUUUCUCGAAGGGCGAUGGAGGGUUCUUGAUCGUGGAAUUGAAAUAGGGAGGCCCGGGCUCUUCAAGGAAGCGGCGACAUUGCAUCACAGGGUGUGCGAAUGGACGAGAAGACAUUUCUUCAGUCGAGGGCUUUUCGAUUGUGCGGCCCUAAUUAAGUUUUGUGUUCAUGCGCGUUGGAACUGCACUUAUGAUCAGAAACAAGAGUGCAGGAUUUUCUUAGAGUCGAUGCCAGUGUAUGGUGGCGUCGAGAUUUAGCAAGAGGAUAUUCGAGCUUACUCGCUCAUUCGGAUGACCUAUUUCUUCCGAGUUUUCACGUGCAAUUCGAUGGGCUCCUUGCACCUCUCUCCGGGCUCUUCGUUGAUCAUCUCAUGUCGAUUCGGAGGAUGCAGAGGAGUUUCUUGAGUCGAAUUCUUGAGACUGCGUUUCUUCCGGCUAAAGACGAAUGUGUGCCUCUCAUCACAAUGGGUUGGCAGAGCACAGGGUUGUUUCAAGGCUGAACGUUGGUAGAAUUGGCCGAACGCAUCCUCUGUUUGAUGGGCUGCGCUGGCAGUUCCGAUUCGAAGCCUUCAUUUUGGAAGAGCUGCAAGGAGUGUAUGUGUCCUGAGGGCGUGGAGCCUAUGGAGAUGCCAGGGAGUAUGGGUAGAGUAAAUAUGAACAGAUCCUCGCCGAUGCUAUCCAGUACUAGAUCUUCCGCAUUUGCUCCGGGAUCGAGGGCAACCUCGCUGUCGGCAAGUCCUGCUCCCGGAAGGGGAGUAUUACAGAGCCCCCAUCAGUAUCCCAGCCCAACCCGCUCUAAUUUUCUGUUAAGUCUUGGAUCGCCUCCUCGAUCCGAUCCAGGGAAUGAAUACGGCCUCAACAUGAUUCAACCACAGCAGCAGGGUCCACCCCAUUCGGUUCAUUGUCAACGCCGAAGGCUCAUGCUCCAUAAUAGAGAGAGAGGAAUGCUUUUGCACCAGCAGCAAUUAGUGCUGGUGCCCCACCUUCACCUCCAUAACCUUCCAUCACCACAUCUGCACUUGCACCAAAUGCAGGCAACACGCAUGAAGCACAACCCCCUAGCUCACCAUCACCCAAAUCGUCGUUCAUCUCUGUACUAUGGCCAAGGUUACAUCGUCGCACAUCACAACCACCAUCAUCAUGUAAACUUUCAGUAGUUUUUCUUCCAUGCGAGCCGUGUUCACCGGACACUUCUGGCAUUCAGUAGUCUCAAUGGGUAGUUUUGACCAUACCCAAACCGGAUACAGCAGACUCAUCGAGGUGUUCGAUGUUGACAUCCGAUGAACGAUGCUCCACUAAGCUCCAGAGCACGUUCAAGCAUGUGAUCAUGGGAAAAAUAAGUGACUGCAUUGGUUCUGGAGGCAGCUUCUUUUUUGGUGUCGAAGAGAGGAUUCGCCGAAUCACUGAACGUGCUUGAAGAUUCAAUGACAAGUUGCAGGAGACGAAGUACUCACUGAGCAUUAAAACAAAACACAGCGAAAGUAAAGAAUCGAGACGCAGGAUCUCAGAGACAUCCACUUCGUAUUACUAAUUGGCCUGAAAUCGAUCUUGGGCCGGUACAUAUUCCAGGUUUGCAUUUGCUCUGAAAAAAUCACAUGGUUUCGAAGAGCAAGCAAAAUUUUUACCGCUUGAGACAGCUCAUAGCCAUUACGAAUCAUCAUUACUGGAACAUAUUUGUAGCACGUGGCGCUGCUAUGACUUCUGCAAGAGCUCGAUUACAUGAAAAAGGAGUUCCUGUGAGGGUCUCUUAAGCUGACGUGCAUAGUACAGAGGAAUAAGGAAGGAGUUGAAGACUCAUCUAGUAGCUUAUGCAUUAUGCCUCUCAGACGCACUCACACGCCAACACUUCACUGUAAGAUCUCUGGGUGUGACGAAUACCGAAGAGUGCCGCCCAUUCUUCCCAUCUCACGUAGGAGUACAAGUAAAUUCAGUGUAACCUAGCAGCUGAAAUUCAAAUUCGAAGCAACAAUGCUUCUUCCCCAAUGCAACGAUACAAAGCAGAUUGGUGAGGAGAAGCAUUCAAAUUAGGAAAACACGGAUCAGUUACUUAAGCUUUGAGGAAUUUGAAUCUGAUACGAAAGAGGUCCAAGAAAAAUGCAUCACUGAUGAGAUGAAUGUUCUAAGCUUCCAUGAUUGUACACAAAUUCAUACUUUCAGCAUCAGAUGAACAUUGCACUCGUGUGUGCCAAGUCUUGGACUUAUGUAGUAUCGAUUCACUUCAAUGAUACUGUAUAAAAUC